CCGGCCCCGCGCGCGCCCCUUCUCGCCCCCCCGCCUCGUUUCCGUCGGCUCGUCUGAGUCCCCCCGCCGGAACUGAAAGAUGCAGGGCAACAAGGGCUUUGCGAUGGAGAAGCAGAACCACACGCCUCGGAAGCAGCACCAGCACCAUCAGCAGCAGCACCAGCCUCCGCCGGCGCAGCAGCCGCCCCCUGCCCCGGCUAACGGGCAGCAGACCAACAGCCAAAAACGAUUAUGUACCUUAUUCCCCUCAGAUGAAGGCCUGACAAUUGACCUGAAGAAUUUUCGAAAACCUGGUGAAAAGACCUUCACCCAGAGGAGUCGCCUGUUUGUGGGGAACCUGCCCCCUGAUAUCACAGAGGAGGAGAUGAGGAAGCUGUUUGAAAAAUAUGGGAAGGCUGGUGAAGUGUUCAUUCAUAAGGAUAAAGGCUUUGGCUUUAUCAGGCUGGAAACACGUACUCUGGCUGAAAUCGCAAAGGUAGAGCUGGACAACAUGCCCCUGCGUGGGAAGCAGCUGCGAGUGCGCUUUGCGUGCCACAGUGCCUCACUGACUGUCAGGAACCUGCCACAGUUUGUGUCGAAUGAGCUCUUGGAGGAGGCCUUCUCAAUGUUUGGCCAAGUGGAGAGAGCUGUGGUUAUCGUGGAUGACCGGGGCCGGCCUUCCGGAAAAGGCAUUGUGGAGUUCUCGGGAAAGCCUGCUGCUCGGAAAGCUCUGGACAGAUGCAGUGAGGGGUCUUUCUUGCUCACUACGUUCCCUCGGCCUGUGACUGUGGAGCCCAUGGAUCAGUACGAUGAUGAGGAGGGCUUGCCAGAAAAACUGGUCAUCAAAAACCAGCAGUAUCACAAGGAGCGUGAGCAGCCCCCCCGCUUUGCCCAGCCCGGUUCCUUUGAGUACGAAUACGCCAUGCGUUGGAAGGCCUUGAUCGAGAUGGAGAAGCAGCAGCAGGAGCAGGUCGACCGCAACAUCAAAGAGGCACGGGAGAAGCUGGAGAUGGAGAUGGAGGCGGCUCGCCAUGAGCACCAGGUCAUGCUCAUGCGGCAAGAUUUAAUGCGGCGCCAGGAAGAGCUGAGGAGAAUGGAGGAACUCCACAACCAGGAGGUGCAGAAGCGCAAGCAGCUGGAACUCAGGCAAGAAGAGGAGCGCAGGCGCCGUGAGGAAGAGAUGCGGCGGCAGCAGGAGGAGAUGAUGCGGCGGCAGCAGCAGGAGGGAUUCAAGGGGGCCUACCCGGAUGCGAGGGAGCCUCCAGAUAUGCGGAUGGGACAGAUGGGCAUGGGAGGUGCGAUCGGCAUGAACAACAGGGGGACAAUGGGAGGCACCAGCGUUCCGGCUGGACCCCCUCCCGCCACUGGACCUGGACCAAUGAUCCCUGACGGAGCUAUGGGAAUGACUCCUCCGCCACCCACCGAUCGCUUUGGUCAGGGGACUGCAAUGGAAGGACUCGGAACUAUGGGCGGAAGCACACCAGGAUUCAACAGAGGAGCUCCUGGGGGGGAUUUUGGCCCGAACAAGCGUCGCCGAUACUAAGGAGGAGGUUAGUGCCCUGGCUGCUCCCUCAAGCGAGACCCUCAGAGGCUCUCCUUGCCCCGGGGACUGGCCAUGGCCGAAGGGCACCCGGCCCAAUUGGCAAAGGGUUUAGUCGACGCCACAAGGUGCAUUCCUGCAAAACAAUGUGAAGAGCGGAUCCCAGGAGGCUUCAGUAGCUGUAGUGUGUGAGGCCAGGCCAGGGCCCGGGCGCCUCCCAUUCCCAAGCGCCUCAGCACAGGCUCUGCCCCAGCUGACACGGCCCUGUUGAGGCUGGCGCUGCCCUCCGCCAGCCCUUUGCAGGCCCCUUCGGAGGGCUGGGGCAGAGCCAGCGGAUCCAUCCAUGUCUGUCGCUUCAAAUGGCUUAUCAUGUGGGGGGGAGGGUCAGUUUUUUAAGACUUGUAGCUUUUUACUUCUUUUCCUCUGGACCAUUUUUCUUUACUGUAGCUCGCUGGUGCAGCCAAGAGGGCCAGGUAGUGGUGAUGGUGAUUUGGGGAUGAAUUAUUUGGUGUGUUGUACCAUUCUUUAUUUUCUACUGGUAGAAAAGUACAAUCUAUUGGACAAAACAAGAAAAUUCCUGUUGAAGACGCGAUUGAAGCGAUUGUUUGUAUAACCCUAACUUUGCCUGUCUUGUGUAGAAGUACGAGACUGUAUGUGUGACCCCGAGCUGUAGUCGUCCACUAACAGGUUGAAUUUGUCUGAAGGUUGUUACAGGAAUGCAUUAUUAAAAGGGAUUUUAAGCCUUUUUCA